AUGAGUAUCACAUCAACUUUUUCAAUAUCCGUGCGCCACGGCGAUUUUUCGAAAUGGGCUCAUCCCGAUGUUUUGCUCAUGAGAAAAUAUGGGUUUGAUGAGGACAAAGUUGUGCCGGAGCCGAAUCAGUAUACCGCCAACAGGAUCUUUUAUAACGGCAGAGUUUGGAGGUUGGUGAAUGACCCGUCUCGUGCUGCGAUAAACUGUAUAAUUCGCCGCAUACGGGAUCCCUAUGCUGAAAAAAUACAGUAUGUGGCGCAGUAUAGAGCUACUACGGACCGCCUCGACAUGUCACAAAUGCCAUUUGGAAAACCUGGUCAGAGGUUUUGGCCCACGAGGAAUCGAAGCGAGUGUUACCAAUUCUACGAUAUAAACAUGAUCAGGCAGCACUAUACCUACGAGGAAGGGUCAGAUCUCCCUUUCUUAGACGUCGUUGGUAAGAGUUAUUGCCCAACCAACUUGAAGAAAAUGACAUGUAGGAUUUCUUUUAGCGGUGUUUGA